ACACGGAAUUGAGUAUGGCGAUCAAAGUCCUUGGCUAAUUUCUCCCUCUGCUGAAUAGCCUCCUACCUCGCAGGUCUUCGGUCAAACCGAGUCGCCAGGCCUGGAGGUGCAAGACCUCAACCAGCCGGUGCUCGUCCAGUUCCUAGCCGCUCGAGUUUGCACCGACAUAGUACGGGCCGAUUCACGCAUGAUCUUGCUUCUCCUGCCGAGAGCGCACCACCUAUUCUCGACCGUAAGGACUCGAAAAGUCCUAGCGUUGCUGGUGGCAGUCUUGCCUCUAGAUACUCUACCAUCAGCAGAAAAAGCCCAGAUUACUAUCCAACUUCAGCUACAAACCCUUUGAGGCCAUCCGACGUUGUUCCCUCAGCCACAUACAUGGAACGAGGUCAAAGAUGGAUGGAGAAGGAAGAGGCAAGCUCAUUGCGCGACGCAAUGGAGGAGAUGGACAUAAGGAAGCGUACAAAAUCGCCUGUUCAGGAGACACCUGAGGAUGAUACUCGUCUAUACAAUGCUGCUCUCGAUGAAGCUGCUGAGCUUGUCUGGCAACAUCAGCAUGGGACGCCUUCUCCCCGUCCCGAAGGGCCCUACCGCUAUAAGCCACAUCUCAGAAAGAAUAGCUACGCCCAUGCUCGUACUGCUAGUGUCGGUGGUACGCGAUCAUGCUCAGGCAGUUCUUCGGAUGGUGAAGGCGUCGAACGUGAAAGCCGACCUGAGUUAGAGCAGAGGCAGCCAAGCAUACAGCCAGAUCACAAACACAAGACAUACGGCAGUAUUGGUCGUUCAGGCAAGGCUCCAGAGCAGAGACGCCAGGGAAGUCUGAAAAGAAACAUUAGCGGGGAAGUAGGGCGUCCCUUUUCUGGAGAUCAGAUUUGGGAAGAGCCUGAAGUCUCAACUUCUGAUAACAUGAGCUUUUCUGGUCGUGCAUCACCCGAGAAGCUUGGCAACCGAGCUCAGGCGGCCACAAACCGAGUCCGCUUCGAUCCAACCCGGGAAAAAGAAGAAAAGGCCAAGCCCCUUGAGCGAGUUGAAAUACACCGCAAUCCUCCCACACGCUCUCGCAAUCCUCUCUAUACAAGAAACCUCUCCAACGACGGCUCCGUCUCUGUCGAUGACAAGGUAGAGAGAAAGAACGGCAUGGAAGUUCGGAGUCAGGACAUUCGCGCGGCCACGAGCAUGCGCUUGAAAGAUCGCAGCCCAAACCUCCCGGAACCCACAGCCGUCAGUGACAGUCCGGGACGGCCCAUUACCGGUCGCUUCCGGCAACCCCCAGCAGGUCCUCCUCCUCCUUCGUCCAGCCGGAGAAACCCAUGGCGGUACCUAGUAUCGUUGUGGCGGAGGAAAGUUCGCCGAUGCCCAGGGCGCCAACGGGAACGAAAAUCCCGUCGAUCUGCAUAGACGAGACAUCCCAUAACCCUAGAGGCUCGGU